AUUCUCAAGAUGUUGUACCCUCUCCUUGCCGGCGCCUUUGUUACCGCUGCUCUUGCUUCGCCCAUUGCACCAUCCUUUGCUCCUCAUGAGCGGAGGCAUGCGCUGCCUCAAGGAUGGCUUAAGACAGAAAAGAUUCCGACUGGGUCGAUCCUACCAAUGCGUAUUGGGCUCGUCCAGUCGAACCUCGAAAAAGGACAUGAUCUGUUGAUGGAUGUCUCAACACACACGUCCUCCAACUAUGGCAAAUACUACUCUGCCGAGCAGAUCAACGAGAUCUUCGCCCCGGCUCAGGUCUCUGUCGACUCUGUCAUCGACUGGCUCGCUUCUCACCACGUGAACGGCAUUAGCUUGUCUGCCAACAAGCAAUGGCUGCAAUUCGAUGCACCUGUUGAGGUAGCUGAGAAGCUUUUCAAGACGACUUACCACGUCUACGAGCACGCAACAAGUGGCGGCAAGAACGUCGCGUGUGAUGAGUCAGUGGUCUUCAGUUUUAACUUGUCUGCUUUACAUUCUGACAGAUCCCAGNNAUAUCACGUACCUGAGCACCUGAGCAGGCACAUUGAUUACAUCGCCCCAGGUAUCAAGCUCUUUUCCCCAGCCAGGAGCGGGCAUACAGUGAACGACAAGAAUACUAUCGAGAAACGGACCUUCGGUGUAACAAAUGGCAAGGCAACAAAGCAACCACCGCUCCUCAAAGCCCUGCCAUUGGCGAUCAGUGAGCUUUUGGGCCUCGCCGAGCUUAGCCUUUGUCAAAUCGCCGCUACCCCAUCUUGUAUCGCAACACUUUACAACAUCACUCAGGCUACUAGCGCCCAAGCUGGUAAUGAGCUCGGUAUUUUUGAGGAUCUGGGCGAUGUUUAUUCUCAAACUGACCUGAACGAGUUCUUCUUGACCUUAGCCCANNNCUUGGAAGCCAUUGACGGAGCUGUGGCCUCUGUCAGUGUCGCCCAAGCCGGCGCUGAGUCUGAUCUCGACUUCCAGAUCUCGUACCCAAUCAUUUAUCCACAGAACUCUAUCCUCUUCCAGACUGAUGACCCAGUCUAUGAGAAUAACUACACCUACCCAGGGUUUUUGAACAACUUCUUGGACGCUAUUGAUGGCUCCUACUGCAGCUACGACGGUGGAAACUCCCCUCUCGACCCACCUUACCCAGACCCACAGCCUGGUGGUUACAAGGGCGCUCUUCAGUGUGGUAUUUACAACCCAACGAAUGUUAUCUCUAUCUCGUACGGUGGUCAAGAGGCAGAUCUCCCUGCGUCAUACCAGACGCGUCAGUGUUAUGAGUACAUGAAGCUUGGUAUGCAAGGGAUCUCCGUCGUGCUUGCAAGUGGAGAUUCGGGUGUCGCAGGACCAGCAGGCGAUGACAACGCAGAUGGCUGCCUCGGGAAUGGACAAAUCUUCAGCCCUGACUUCCCGGCGACAUGCCCCUACCUUACCACUGUUGGCGCAACAUACCUGCCGCCAGGGGGAAACGUCUUCAAGGACGAAGAGACCGCAGUGACCAGAUUCGGAAGUGGAGGAGGCUUCUCCAACAUCUUCGAGAUCCCAUCCUACCAAGCCGCCGCAGUAUCAAACUACCUCACCAACCAUCCACCACCAUACACUUCAUACUCCACUACUGAUGACGCAGACAUUGGUGCCGGUGGCGGUAUCUAUAACCGCAACGGCCGUGGUUACCCUGAUGUCUCGGCCAUCGGCGACAAUGUCCUGAUCUUCAACAAGGGUGCUCCAACCCUUAUCGGUGGUACCUCCGCAGCUGCGCCAGUCUUUGCAUCCAUUCUGACUCGUAUCAAUGACGAGCGUCUCAAAGCUGGCAAGAGCACUGUCGGCUUCGUCAACCCAACUUUGUAUGCCAACCCAGGUGCCUUCCACGACAUCACCACUGGAAACAACCCUGGAUGUAAUACCAAUGGCUUCUCUGCUGCCGCAGGCUGGGAUCCUGUUACGGGACUUGGAACUCCAAACUACCCAGCUUUACUCAAGGUAUUUAUGAGUAUCUAG